GUUCGCGUCAGCGCUUCACAUAUUUGAUUGUGACUCUGUCGGUGUUGGUUGAAAGUUGAGUUCGUCGUUAAUUUGAGGACGUUAAGUUACGUUUUAGUGAUUUGUUACUGAAAACUACAAUUGGAUUUGUGUUUAGUUUUUUCUUGAACUAGUUUGUAGUGCGUUUUAAACAAUUUUCGCGCAGUAAUUUGUGUAGAAAAUACAAUAGAAACCUCUGUAAUUUUGGUUGCAUAACCUCAAACAUAAAUAUACCAACGCAUAACAUGAGCAGUACGAGUUUAUAUUGUAACCCAAUUGGGCUUCUAUCGAAAACUACACCACAUAUUUACAAACCUGAUAUAAAAAAAGUGAAGAGAGUUCUUUUCGAGCCCGUAGAUCAUAUCGCCACUCAAAAAUUCGUCGAAGAGGAAUUGGAAAAAAUAAGGGUAACUAAAUCGAAAGAAUGGAAUUUCGAUUUCGAAAAUGAAAGGUCUCUAAGUCCGAACGGAGAUUUUCAGUGGAAACCUGCGACUCCGGUUAAAAACAGACCUAUAAAAUAUCCAUUAGUUGAAUUCACAGGACACGACCUGUACGCUUUCCCUGAUGAUGUUAUCAGACCAAUUCCUAUUAAAGCGACAACACCAAAAGACGAGAUGACAUCAUCCAGAAAAAAUCAUGCAAGAACCAAACCGCAACGUUUGAUUACUGAUUUUAUGUCAGUUAAGAAACGUUCGACGUCUGAUUUUACGAAAAAGAUGGACUGGAUCCCCGCCAUGGAAAGACCAACGAAACUACCCAGAUUAUCAGAAUUGAGUAGUUAAAAAGACAUUCCCUAUAAAAGUGUGUCUUUUGUCCCUCCUCCUACGAACCCUCUUCCACUUUUGUUACAAAUUUCGAUCUCGAAGAAAAUUUAUUAAUUAUAAUGUAAAGUACAACUUAAGUUUUGUUUCAAGAAAUUUAAUUAAUUAUAAGUUUUUUUUUGUGUACAGUUUAAGUACUAUAUUUUGUUUGUCUUUUUAUAGACUAUAUUUAUUUUUAAACUAGAGUUUUUUUCUUUCUUUUGAUCUCUAAAAUCUUUCAUUUUGUUGCCGAUUUUUUUUUUCAAAGGAAAUGCCUAACUAAUCACGAAUUUAUGCAAUAUUCAAUUAAAUAAAAUACCAAAAUGAUUGCCAAUAGUCAUUCUCAUAUAUUUUUAUGUCAUCAAAAGUCCAUGAAUCAAAUAUUUAAAAAUCUUAUUGUCCCCUGUAUUAACUCAAUAAGAAAUAGGGAAGUUAUUUUUAUAUAAAUUGAUAUACUACAAAAAUCACGUUUGACAAUAUCUAAAAAAAGACAUUGAAAACGAUAAAAAAAGCUUAAAUUAAAAAUUUGAAGGAUUUUAUAAUUAAUUUUUCUAACAAAAAGAUAAAUUAUGUUGAUAAUUUUUUUAGCUUAACUGCAGGGAAAAUUGAAAAUUUAUAAAAUUAUUUUUUUAUUUUGAAUCGUACCUACAGAGUAAUCUCAGAUAUUUUUUUUUAUUAAACUAUUUAAAAGCUAUAAAUAUUUCUCUUGACGUGAUUAAGACUGAGAGUAUAUUGAAAAAAUUUUAUGAAUUUAUUACAUUUAUAGAUAUAAGUUUUUUUUCAAUUUUCGGUCAAAAAACAAAUUAUUUUUGGAUAUGCCUAAUAAAAACAAAAAUAUUUGAAAUUUUUAGAAAUUGUUGUUUGUUUUAAGUCAAAAAUACAAAGAACAAUAAUUUAAUAAAAAUGUCUCCAAUCUACAUUUUUCCAAAUUUUCGUUAAAAGCGUACAAAGUAUUUAAAAAAAAAUUUAAUCAAAAUAUUUAAUAGAUUUAUUAUAGUGAAAAAAAAUAAAUUUCUAACAAAAAAAUUUAUAGAUUUAAAAUUAUAUUUUCUCACAUUUUGACCUGAAAACAAAUAAUUUUUCUAUAUAUGAUUAAAAAUUGAAACGUUUUAAAAAUAAUAUUUUCUAAUUUUGCAUAAACUUAUAACUAUUUAUAUAAAUGAUAAGAAAUUUUCAAAUUUACAUAAAAACGUUUUUAAUUAUUAAAAUAAAAAAAAUAUUUAUAUUUUCCAAUUUUUUAUAAAUUUUCUAAUAUUCCACGUGGAUAAACUAUUUAUUUCCAUUGUUCACCUAUUUCACUCAUAUUGAAAGUUAUUUAAUAAAUUUUUAUCUCUAAUUUUUUGUUGAAACAUUUAAUUUUUUAUUUUCGAGAUAUUUGAAAAUUCUAUUAAUCUUUACCCCCCAAAUGAAUUUCAAUUCAAUUUUUACUUGAUGCCAAAUUGCAUUUUCUUCUUUUUAAUAAUAAUUUUAUUAACCCAGCACGUGACUUAUUGAAUUUUUAAACAAAAUUUGGAUCAAUAAAUUAUAGAUACAAUUAUUAUUUUAUAAGAGAAUGUUGUUUGUGCAAAAUAUCGUAGGCUUGCCAAUUUGAAAUGCAAAUUAACACAUUUCGGAAUCAGUUUUGAAAAAUGAUCUAUUUUGCAUAAAUUCUUGUUUAUAGGCUUAUAUGUAUUCAAAAAAAGGCAACUUCAUUAUCGUCAAAAUAUCACUUGGGAAUUAGAUUAUCGAAAUAUAAUUAUUUUUAAAUAGUUUUUGAUUAAUUAAAAAAAAUCAAUUGUUGAAAAGAGCAAUUAAAAAGUUAUAUAUUUAUCUAUAAAUCUACAUCACAUGUAUAAAUUUCUAUAAAAAAAUUCCCCAAUUCGCCCCCUUCCGAAAUACCGCUAAAAAAUUAUUGAAUAAAUUUUUUAUAUAUUUUCGAUUUAAUUUAAAUAACCAUAUCUUUUAUUAUUUUCAAUAGAAUUUUAUGACAUAAUUUUUUUUCAAAAUUUUAUUUUUGUAAACUGAAAAUAUCAUCUAAAAUCUUUUUAUUAAUAUAUUUAUUAUAUGUUAUAUUCAAUACAAAAAAUUUUGUUCUCAAUUUAUGUUGAUAUAAAAAAAUCCAAACUAAUUUUUAUUACAACAAAAUUUUUCAGUAUAAGUUUGAAGUAAAUUUGAGGGAUUUUUUUCGAAAUCAUCCCUGGGCAAGGGGGCCUAAAAUUAAUAAAAAGUAUUUUUUACGAUAAAAGUUUUAAAAAAACUUCAAAUCAUCAUUAAACUUCACACAAAAAUAGUCCUUUGAAGUUUUUUGAUAUCCACAAAAUUGGGGUGGCUAGAGCUGAUGGGAUGAUAAUAUUUGAGCUGAUUCAAAAUCAAAUGUAUUCAGAAAAUUAUUAAUUCUAACCUAAAAGAACUUAUUUUGAAUAGUUUAUAACAAAAAAAUUAAUUUUUAACCACUUUGUCACUGGGAGAAUUAAUUUUUAAUUUAUAUUAAAUCUUGAAUUGAAAAUUAUUUUUUUUAAUUUUAAUUCGGUUAUAAACAGUUCAUAAGUUCUGAUCACUCUAUGUUUGUAAAUAUCAGUGAUAGAAACAAACUUCAAAGGACCAUUUUUGUGUAAAAUUAAAAGAUAUACAAGUUUUUUCUUCUAACUUAUACCGUUUUCCCGAAAUUAAAAAAAACAUUAAUUAAUUUAUUUUAUCCCCACCAGAGUAAAAAUUCUACCCAUAUAUUGUCCUGUCAUUUCAAAAUUCACAUUCUAGAUUCCAUUUUUUACUAAUGUUUAUAUCUAGCAAAAAGAGGGGGUUGAACAAAUUUUUUUAUAAAAAAAAUCUUUCGUAACUGAUAAUUUUUCAUUCUUGAAUUUUGUAACUCUCUGUAUACGUGUUGCUGUUGAUAUAAUAUUUAUAGCGAUGACGUAACUUUUGAAAUAAAUUUCGAAAAAUAUAAGAUGCAAAAAAAUAUAUAAAUUUAUUCGUCUUUUAUAUUUCCAUUUAGUUACCUUCUAAUUUAGUAUUUAAUUAUUUAAGAUAAAUAUAAAAUGUUUGUGACAAGUAACCGACUAAAGUGCAAUGUCAUUCUGUAAAUAAAAGAAAAGUCGGCAACUUGUACAACUUUCCUUGUUUUUUUUUUCAAGUGGUAUUUUGAUUAUUUAUAUGUAUUUGCUACCAUACUGAAAAUAUUUGUUUUUAUUUAAAAAUCUGUUAUAAAAGUCCGCUUUCCAUUAAAAUGGUUAAAUAUCAUUCCGUGGUAAGUUUAGUUAUCUUCUUUUCAUUUUUGUCUUAAUUUUUCUCAGUGUAUUCAUAUACGAGGGUCAAUCCGUUUCCUGGCCCUCUUCAUUAUCAACCGUUAUACAACCACUCCUGGACAAAUACAUCUCCUAAUGUUUUCCACAUUAUUCUGUUAUUUGCAUACAGUUUUGGCCUGCGACAUUCUCCAUUAAGCCAUCGUUUCUGAGGUCUUCUUACUUUUUUUCUGGUCUCUUUUCGUUGCCAUGUUAUGCUCUUUUGGGUCCAUUUUUCUUUUCCUUGUUUUCCAACAUACCCACUGCCAUCUCAACUGCUGGUCAAUUUAAAUAAAAAAUCGGCACAGAUAUUUUUAAUUUUUAAUAUAGUCGCCAUUUUCCCAAAAUUGUUUCCCGUUUUCCAAAAUUGUAUCCAGAAUUUCCAAAAUUUUGAAUGUGGUUAUCAAUCCAGUUGUCAAAUUAUUUUUUUCAAUUCAUCAGUAGAAAAAAACUGAGUUAUAUCUGGCAGUACCAUCUCUAAAUAUAUUUCUAUGAAACGGACGCAAGCUUUAACUAUUCCAAUCAUAAAAAUGGCCUCUUAAAUGUGUAAUAUUUCAUCCAAAUACUGAUCUAUCUCUGGUAGUACCAUUCUAUGAAUUUGUUUCCAUGAAAUGAAACCUUAGUCCUAUUAAAUGUUCAUAUUUAAUUUCAAACAUAUCAUUGACCACUUGAAUGUGUAAUAUUUUGUCUAUCUCUGGUAGUACCUUCUCUAAAUAUAUUUUCAUAAAAUGGACGCACCAUAAACAAUCCAAAUAUUAAAUUGGCCUCUCAAAGGUUCUCGAAUUUCGAAAAUUCUGAACUGAAUCACCAGUCCAAAUGUCAAAUUAUUUUCAGUUCUUCAGUAGGAAAAGGCUGAGCUAUAGCUGGCAGUACCUUCAACUAUUCCAUACAUAAAAUUGUCCACUUAAAUGUGGAAUUGUUUGUUCAAAAGAUGGGCUAUCUCUGGCAGUACCUUCUCUAAAUAUUUUUCCAUUAAAUGGGUGCACCAUAACCCAUCCAAAUAUAAAAUUGGCCACUAGAGUAUGGAACGAUUUGUCCAAAUGUCGAGUUAUAUCUGGUAGUACCUUUUUAAAUAUUUUUCCAUUGAAUGAACCCAAUUAUCCCAAAUAUGAAACAUGAAUCUCGAAAGCUCUAAAUAGUGUCACCAAUUAUUUGCCUCAAUUCUUCAGCAGCAAACAAUUUCUCCAUGAGCCUAGCUACCUUUGGCAGUACCUUCUCUAAAUAUGUUUCCAUUAAAUGGACGCACCAUAACCAUUCCAAACAUAGCAUUGACCACUUGAAUGUGUAAUAAUUUGUCCAAAAGCUGAGCUAUUUCUGGCAGUACUUUCUCUAAAUAUGUUUCCAUUGAAUGAACUCAAUUUUAAUUAUUCCAAAAAUGAUACAUGAAUCUCGAACAUUCUGAAUGGUGUCACCAGAUCAGGUGUCAAAUUAUUUGCCUCAAUUUUUCAGCAGGAAACAAUUUCUCCAUUAGCCUAGCUACCUUUGACAGUACCUUUUCUAAACAUGUUUCUUUGAAAUGGAUGAACUAUAAUACAUUCCAAAUAUUGGCCACUUAAAUGUGCUCGAAUUUCAAAAAUUAUGUGUAGAUCCGAAGUCCAAUUUCCUAAACAUUUGCUCCAAAAACUGAGCUACUUCUAGCAGUACUUUCUCCAAAUAGGUUUCUUUGAUAUACGAUUAAAAUUUCUUCCAGUUCGGUUCUAGUUAUUUUUCAGUACUUUAUAAACAACAUUAUCUAACAAAAUUUUCAUGAAAUUCGAAUAAAACAACCCUCAAUUCUAAAUAUUCUAAGAUUUUUAUUUUAUUUCCCGAAGACGCCACAAUACUUUCAAUAAAAUCUUUCAGAGGCUUCCAAUCUGCAAUUAUUUAAAAAUAUUUUCAUGAUUAUGACGAUCUAGAUGCAACACUCUAUACUUCUCUUCGCAGCUUGUUUGUUUUUAUGGCUUUUUAUUACCACAGUUUAUUAAUUUGUUAAUAAAUAGCCUGCCAGUUUCUUGAAAUUUGAAUCCCCAACAGAAAAGAUAUUUGCAUAUAAAUAUUUUCGAAAUUGGUAGAAAUAGAAAAACCUUUCAUUUAAAAAAAAGUUUAUUUCACACAGUUUUUCAUAUCUGGAUUAUUUACAAAAUUUGCGCCUAAAAAUUCUCUAUCUAUGAACAUAUUAGUUAAUAUACCUGAGUGAAAGCAAUAACAAUAAGGCGCCAUAGGAUGGUUCUCUCUAAAAUGAUUGUGUCGUUUUUGGGUGACAAUAAAAUCAUAAAUAAGUUUUAAUUUUUGGAAUUUAAUUAUGUUUACGAAGAUUAACCUUAUUUUUAUUGCUUAAACUCAGGUAUACUUAGAUUUGAAUAUACGACAUUCUAUAACAGAUUUUUAAUAUUGGACCAAUAUGUGAUUCGAAUCAUGGUCUUUAAAAGUUUUUUUUUCUUUUUUUUUUUUUAACUUAGGCAGUGGAAGUUGGAAGAUUUUUGUAUUUAUAUAAGGUAAUUGUAAUUGGUGUGUCCGUAAGUAUAACAACACUCAAGUCGUGUAACUAACUAAAAAAAACACAUUUUUUGCCAAUUUAUUUAUCCAUGUAAUUUCCUUCAAGAGCAAUACAAUAAUUCCAAAGUUUCUCCAACUUCUCUAUUUCGUGCUGUUGGGCCAAAUCUGGUCUAUACGGUGGAUGAGGAUCAAUUUAAGUUUUUUCUUCGACUCUAUGUAGUAUUCGUGAUUGAUCAUCUUUCUCUUUUGGGGAUAGUCGAUGAUGAUUACUGAAGCCAUAACUUCCCCAGCUGACUGUUGUGCCUUUGGACGCUUCGGACGUGGUUCAUCGGCUGCAGUCCACUCAGAUAAUGAUCGUUUUGUUUCCGGAGUAAAGUGAUGGGUCCAUGUUUCAUCCAUUGUCACAUAGCUUCACUUAAAUGUCUGUCACUUUUUUCUGACUAAUCGAAAUGUCAUAUUUCACACAUAGUCUUUUGAAAGUUGGUAAUCCUUAAAGGUCAUUCGAUUUAGACAGUGGCAGCGCCAUCUGUAUGUUAGUAACACGACUUAUUGAGUGAUGUUAUAAAUAAUAAUUGUUAGUUGUAAUUUGAAUAUCGAUUAUACGAAAUUUGAAUUACGACUAAUCGUUGAAAAGAAAAUGGGAGAUUUUCUUACAAGAUUUUUAAAAUCAUGUUUUGGUCUGGUUAUACUGUCGACUACAGUAUUUUAUAAUUAUUUUUUAAUUGAUUAAUGUAUAACGGCCCAAAGAAAAAUUUAGUACAAAGUAAAAUCAGAAAAAUGCAGAAUUACUCUUUGGCAGCUUUGCCAGCUUGUUUGUCGAUGUUACACAUUUUUUGUUUUAGGAAGGAACAGGGCUUACGUUUGAUAUAAUUUUUAGUCAACAAAAACCGAGUUAGGGAAAACAAAUUUGAAAUUAAAAUCUUCUUAUUAUUGGAUAACUUCCAUCUCGGUUGGUUUAUUUUAGAUUUUGGACAAACUUCAUGUUGCAGAGUUGCAAAUUUCUGCGAUCGUUCAAUUCUGCUAUAUAUUACAUUGAGAAAUUUUGAGAUAUCAAAUACAUAAUAUAUUUUUUGACAUCUGUGAUGUUUAGAAUAUGAUCUCAAAAUAUAAUUUUUAUAUAUUAAUAUAUAUGCAUUCUAAAAGUUGUAUUGGAAAACUAAGAAUUUUCUAAUACAAAUGUUUAUUGUGUCAAAUAAUAUAGAUUUAAUUCGUGUAUAUUGUUGUAAAAAUAUAACAUAUAUAAGCACUAAAAAUAUAGCUUUGUUUUGUUAGUGUA